GCACGGAGGUGGCGCCAGCCUGGCCGGGUGCGGGCUUCUUGCCGCGGGUCCCAAGUGGGUCGGGUCCGAGCCCCGUGGAGGCCCUCGGAGCGCAGCUUGGCCCAGCCUAACCGCGCCCGGAGGCCAUGGCGGGCACCCUGGACCUGGACAAGGGCUGCACGGUGGAGGAGCUGCUCCGUGGUUGCAUUGAAGCCUUCGAUGACUCCGGGAAGGUGCGGGACCCGCAGCUGGUGCGCAUGUUCCUCAUGAUGCACCCCUGGUACAUCCCUUCCUCUCAGCUGGCGGCAAAACUGCUGCACAUCUACCAACAGUCCCGGAAGGACAACUCCAGUUCGCUUCAGGUGAAAACAUGCCAUCUGGUCAGGUACUGGAUCUCAGCAUUCCCAGCGGAGUUUGAUUUGAAUCCUGAGCUCGCUGAACAGAUCAAGGAGCUGAAGGCUCUGCUAGACCAAGAAGGGAACCGCCGGCACAGCAGCCUCAUCGACAUCGAGAGCGUCCCCACCUACAAGUGGAAUCGGCAGGUGACCCAGAGGAACCCUGUGGAACAGAAAAAGCGCAAGAUGUCCCUGUUGUUUGACCACCUGGACCCCAUGGAGCUGGCAGCACAUCUCACCUACUUGGAAUAUUGCUCCUUUUGCAAGAUCCUGUUCCAGGACUAUCACAGUUUCGUGACUCACGGCUGCACAGUGGACAACCCUGUCCUGGAGCGAUUCAUCUCCCUUUUCAACAGUGUCUCGCAGUGGGUGCAACUCAUGAUUCUCAGCAAGCCCACAGCCCUGCAGCGGGCCCUGGUCAUCACACACUUCGUCCACGUUGCAGAGAAACUCCUGGAGCUGCAGAACUUCAACACGCUGAUGGCGGUGGUCGGGGGCCUGAGCCAUAGCUCCGUCUCCCGCCUCAAGGAGACCCACAGCCACGUGAGCCCGGAGACCAUCAAGCUCUGGGAAGGUCUGACCGAACUAGUGACGGCCACUGGUAACUAUGGCAACUACCGGCGCCGGCUGGCAGCCUGCGUGGGCUUCCGCUUCCCCAUCUUGGGUGUGCACCUCAAGGACCUGGUGGCCCUGCAGCUGGCACUGCCUGACUGGCUGGACCCCACCCGGACCCGACUUAAUGGGGCCAAGAUGAAGCAGCUCUUCAGCAUCCUGGAGGAGCUGGCCAUGGUGAACAGCCUUCAGCCUCCAGUGCAAGCCAACCCCGACCUGCUGAGCCUGCUGACGGUGUCUCUGGAUCAGUAUCAGACAGAGGAUGAGCUCUACCAGCUGUCCCUGCAGCGGGAACCGCGCUCCAAGUCCUCGGUGAGGGACGGAAUCGCUGCUUACCCCCUCGGCCCAUCCUCUUCCUCCCCCACCUCUGCCCUCCUGGGAGUUCCAAGAUUAGAGGCUACCUCACCCAUCCUGCUCAUUGGGCAGGCUUCCUUGUCCCCAGGGCUUGCCCUCUCUCCUCCACUGGGCCCUGGGCUUCCUCCCCUCUGGCCCUCUCUCAGCCUCGACCAUUCCCACAGCCAACCAGCCCCACCAGCUGCACGCCGCCUCCCCGGCCCCUGGUGCUGGAGGAGUGGACCUCAGCGGCCAAACCCAAGCUGGAUCAGGCACUCAUGGUGGAGCACAUUGAGAAGAUGGUGGAGUCUGUGUUCCGGAACUUCGAUGUCGAUGGGGACGGCCACAUCUCACAGGAGGAGUUCCAGAUCAUCCGUGGGAACUUUCCUUACCUCAGCGCCUUUGGGGACCUCGACCAGAAUCAGUGAGGAGGCCUGGGGGCAGGGGGAGAGGGAAGGCAGGCUCACUUCCCCUUGGGUUUUAGUUUCCUCCCGUGCAAGAUGAGGACAUUGAACCAGAUGAUCUUGAGUGAGGAAGCCACCCAUGUGGGGAGGGGCUCUUGUUUUCGAGGAGGCUGCCAGCCGCAGAGGCACAGGGUUACCUCACUUAUUCAGACCGAAGAGGGGGUGGGGGGACUCCACCUGAAUCUUGCAAAGACUGUGGCCUGGGGACUGUUGCUACAUAAAUGCCAUUUUAUUUGUGGCGCUCACAGCUGGCAAAAAGUGUGGGCACGUCGAACUCCUGGGUAGCCUGUCUUAAUGAAUAGAUAAGAAAGGCCUGUGAUUAGCAGCACCCACUUGCUUAUCAACAAUUCACAAUUCACAUGCCGACAAUCUGGACAAACAGCUGGCUCUCUGGAGUAGGUUAAACAUGCCCCCUGCAACCAUGUUCGCACCCUGGUUUUGCUGAGCGAACAAAAUUCCAAUCAAAAUUUAGAGUCCAUCCCAGGUCAAUUUACUUUUUAAUGUUAUCCAUAUUUCAAAAAGCUGGGGUUUUUUCCAUAUUAUAAAAAUCCAUGGUUAAAAAAAAAUCCAGGUAGUAAAAUAGAUUUAUAGUGGGCAAAGUGUAUGUAUAAGGUAAGAAGUGAAAAUUCCCUCCUCCUUUCCCACUCAGAGGCUGUCAUUAGUAACUAUGAUAGUAACAUUACUGGUGUGGCAAUGCCUGUAUCUUUCCAGUCUUUUUUUCAUGCAUGUUGCAAAUUGUUAGAGAAUUUGUCUGUGUCUGUUUCAUAGACAAACAGGAUGAUGGUAUAAAUCUGGCUCUGCCAGUGGCGUUCAUUGUAGUUGCUCUGUUUCUCCUCCCAGCGUUGGGAACAAAUAGCUGAAAACAGGGUUUUCUCUGAGUUGAAAACAGUUCCCUGUCACCUCCCUGGGUAGGGUGGAGUUUUUCCAGGCCACACUUUUAGGGAGGGUGCAGCCCUUGGAGACCUUCAAGGCAUCAGCUUCGUGCAGGCGUCUUAGCCUUAACUCCCCACCUCCUGCAGGCCCCAGGCAGGUAUCAAAAUCCAGCACCUGGCUCCUGGGGCAGCCCCAGCUCACUGCCUCAAUUCGAAGAUCUCUCUUUGUUUCCGAAACUUGGGGGUUUCCAUUUCUUACAAACUCACCUAUGCAUUUAAAGCAAUUUUUGAUACAUUUUAACCAGCACCUGGGUAUUUGUGGCAGUAGGGUUUUCAGGGUUUUUUGUUUUUG